AAAGGAUCCAAACUUUCCUACUGUCCAUGACAGAAUUAGGAAAGAUCGUCGCAUGUGACCACAUUUUAAAGAUUGUAUUGGAGCGGUUGAUGGGACUCAUAUCCUUGCAGUAGUUCCAGAUGAUGAGAAGAUUAGAUAUAUCGGUAGAUCUAAAUCAACAACUCAAAAUGUGAUGGCUAUUUGUGAUCAUGAUAUGAGAUUUACCUAUGCAUCUAUUGGGCAACCUGGGUCAAUGCAUGACACAACCGUGUUAUUUACUGCACUUCAAACUGAUUUAACUAUCUUUCCUCAUCCUCCACAAGGGAAAUAUUAUCUUGUCGAUGCUGGCUAUCCAAAUCGCCUAGGGUACUUAGCGCCAUAUAAGGGACGAAGAUACCAUGUCCCAGAAUUUCGGAGAGGUACAGCGCCGAGUGGUGAGAAAGAAAAAUUCAACUUCUUACACUCCAGUUUGCGCACCAUCAUUGAGAGAUGCUUUGGUGUAUGGAAGAUGAAGUGGCGGAUUCUACUCAAAAUGCCUAGCUUUCCAAUGUGGAAACAGAAGAUGGUUGUGGCGGCAACAAUGGCAUUGCAUAAUUUCAUUCAUGACCAUGAUGCGCCGGAUAGGCAUUUUCAUAGGUUUGAGAGGAAUCCAGAUUAUGUGCCUACCAUUCCAUCUAGAUUUAGGAUAUAUGUGUUUUCUCAAGAUGCAUCGGAUACAUCCACUGAGGGUCAAAAUGAUGUAUCCAUGGAUGCAUUUCGUGAUGACCUAGCCGGUCGUAUUGCAGGAUGAUGGACAUAUGCCAUAUUUUAUGUUGUUCCAUGGUCUUUUGCUUUAUCUUUUGAUGACAAUGCUUCUAGUUAUUAUUAGUAGACAUUUAUAUUAUUAAAUA